AUGCGUCUCUCCGUCCUCGCCCUCGCUGCCACCACCCAUGCUUUCAGCAUUGGCGGCAUCAUCGACACGACCAGCGGACCUAUACGCGGCCAGCCCUCAUCCCUCCGUCCAGAUGUCUCCGAAUAUUUAGGGAUUCGCUACGCGAAACCCCCCAUCGACGACCUGCGAUUUGCGGCGCCCGUUCCACCGGAUCGAUCCACCACGGUGUUCAACGCGACAGCUUAUGUAUUGGACCAUGCCUUCAUUGUUGGUUUACCGGGCGAAAAUAUCCUGUCGGCCUUUGCACAGAGAGACAAUACGCUGGACGAGGACUGUCUGUCCGUGAACGUCUGGACCAAGCCCCAGCACGGCGACAGGAAGAAAGCGGUCCUCUUCUGGAUCUACGGCGGAGACUUCAAGUCCGGCAGCUCCCACACCCUCACCUACGACGGUUCCACCCUAGCCGACGAGAACGACCUCAUCGUCGUCACCCCCAACACUCGCGUCAACGUCUUCGGCUACUCCGGUGCCCCAGGCCAACCCUGGAACGUCGGGCUGCGCGACACCAGGCUCGCCCUGGAAUGGACGAGAGACAACAUCGCCGCCUUCGGGGGCGAUCCCGCCCGUAUAACUGUCGGCGGCAUCUCCUCGGGCGGCCUCACGGCCGACAUGCUUGCCUAUAGCAACCUGCACGACCCUAUCGCCCACGGCUACAUCCCCCAUUCCGGCAUCGCCAGCUCCUACCUCGCGACCGGCGCGCAAAAUGACCAAGAAGACGCCACCGCAGCAUGGUACAACCUCUCCUCGACCGUCGGAUGCGGUGAUGCCGACAGCUUCCCCGACACCACCGUCGCCUGCAUGCGCGCCAAACCCUACCCCGACCUCCUCGCCGCGAUGCAGCAGCACCCCACCGUGCAAUUGAAGUUCAGGCCCGUCGAAGACGAUGACACCGUCCCGCGGGGCUUCGCCACACUAGGCCAGAGGGGCCGUUUCGCGCACAAGCCGCUCUUAACAGGCUCGACGGACAACGAGCUUGGCUUUUUCCUCGUCGUCGCUUUUAUCAAGGCCAACCUGACAACUGAGCAGGUCGCCGCCUUUCCUGUGCGUCUCCUUCAGCCGCUGAUGGACCUGUUCGCCCUGGCGGCCUUCACCUGUUCGGCGGCGGAGGCGGCGCAGUACCGCGCGGAUCGGGGCGUUCCCGUCUGGCGGUACCGGUAUUAUGGGGGGGGAUAUCCUAAUACGGAGAUGGUGCCUGUGGGGUCGGCGUACCACGGCUCGGAAGCGCCCAUGGUGUUUGGGACGGCGUCGGUCGUGACGGGGAUGGCUGACAGCGAGGCAGAGGCGCAGGCGGGGCGGUAUAUGCGGGCGGCGUGGGCGGCGUUUGCAAAGGAUCCGGUGGGGGGGUUGAGUGGGCGGGAGUUUCGAUGGCCGAUGUUUCAGUCGGACAGGCGCUCCCUGAUCCAAUUAUCGCUCGGCAACCAGACCAAACCGACAUAUGUCUCCCAUUUCGAGACGGACGCGAUGUGUCCGGUGCUAAAGUCGUAUGAUAGCGUGAUAGACGACCUGAACAUUGUAUUCACGGCGAUGGGAUCGGAUAAGGUGGGGGGACUUAUAACGAAAUUGGCCGAUAUCUUCAACAAGCCGCUGGAUAACGAGGCAGCGUUGAGGCACGCUUUGGAUCGGAUACACGAGAUUGCAGCGUCGAUACGGGGGUGA